AGAUUCGAGUUUUCUUUAAUUUAUUUUCGACCAGUUUCGCCUUUGUGAGUGAAGUAGUAAACACCGAAACUGCGUGCGUGAGAGUAUUUAUUUAGUAUCUGGGAUAUAAUUCGCUAAUGUAUCUGUACCGUAUUAUUAAUAAACGUGUUGAUUAGAUACCGCUGAGAUUUUUCUUAAACUAACUCACAGGGCGUGUUUUUUUUUGUGUAAGUCGACAUAACAAGAUGAGACCGGUGGUAUCCCACACUGCUAAAGAUAAGAUGGAUUUCAGCAUCUCCGUGUCGUUCUUUCAAGACGAGCUCGCCUCUACCAUCGAGCACGCAGUGAAAGCGGCUGUAGACACCGUCUUGUGCCAAAUCACAAAAGUUGUCGGCGGCAAAUUCACUGAAUUCCGAAUGGAAAUGGCCGAAAGUGCCAAAGAAAACUCUGCCCUCAAACUCAAAUUGCAGAGAUACAUGGAAGCCGCGGAGAGGAGCGUUGCAAAACGAGAUCCGCCGGACGUGCGACAGGAAAACAGCAACACGACCGGCUCCGGGGCGGGCUUGAGUCAGAGUUCCCCGGCUUCGCUGUUCGGCGAACCCGCGAUUGAUCCGGCGGCUCACGGCGUUCUCGAUCCCCCGCCGUGUUGUUUUCAAUCCAAACGGGAGCACACGGUUCAGGCGAUGCGGGGCAGACCGGAGCAUGCGAGCGGCGCUCAGCUUGAUCUCAGCAAAUCCACCCGAGACGUGCUGGCCGGCUUUCAGCAGUGUGGACACGGCGAGGAGGAGUGGGAAGGUGACUGUGGGGUAACAGUACGAGACACGGUUGAACUGUCUCACCCCGGACCGAAGCUGCUGAAAGAACGCGUCUCUGAGUUGGAGUCCGUCCUCAAAGACGAUGAGAUAGAGCCCAUGUACAUCACUGCUGACGGCAUUUACUCCAAACCACUGCUGUGCCUCCACGGGCUAAACUACUGCGUGGAGUGCCAGGAGAGCUAUCUGACCUCCCUCCAGCAGGGGGCAGCAGCAGAGAAACCACACCAGUGCCCAGACUGCGGCAAACGCUUCAAACAGCCCGGCCAUCUCAAAACUCACCGGCAGGUUCACUCCUCCGUGGAAAAGGUCUUCUCCUGCGGAGACUGUGGGAAGAGUUUCAACCAACUGGUCAAGCUGAGACAACACCAGCGCAUUCACACCGGAGAGAAGCCGUAUCAGUGCUCGGAGUGCGGGAAGAGCUUCAGUCGGCUGGACAAGCUGAAGCAGCACCAUCGGAUCCACACGGGCGAGAGGCCCUUCCACUGCGGAGACUGUGGGAAGAGUUUCAACCAGCUGGUCAAACUGCAGCAGCACCAGCGCAUUCACACUGGAGAGAAGCCCUAUCUGUGCACAGCGUGCGGGAAGAGGUUCAGCCGGCUGGAUAAGAUGAAGCAGCACCAGCGUGUACACAAGGGGGCGCUGGAGAGCGGGGAGCGCGCGUCCUCCAGCCAGGACCCCAGCAACGCGCAGUGAGGGGUUCAGAGGAGCGCGGUCUCCUUUUUGAAUGGAUGUUUCACUGCUGCAGCUGUGAUGGGAGCUGUGGGAGAUGGAGUUGAGCGAGGAGGGGAGGGGUAGAAACCAGGACUAGAGGACACGGUUUGGAAACGAAGUGCAGUUAAAUCACCUACAGUUUUAGGAUUAUAGCGCUGGGAUGAACGUGGAAUUUUUUGGGUAUUCGUUUUUAAGAUUUAGAUAUUCCUUUUUUUCUCAACGUGAUCGAAGCCGUUGUACGGAACGCUGUGUUUUAAAGUUGAAAAAUAUCCCAGAAGUAAGUCAGGCUUUCCUUCACCCUGCUGAAUUAACUACAAGACAAAGCAAGCGCUUUCUUUUUUUCGUUAUUGUGUGUUUUGAAGUACAAGCAAAGCUGAAUCCUUGCCAUUGUCGUGUCUUCGCGAUAACCAGAGUGGUCAUAGUCGUGUUUAUGAAGCGAAAUGGGUUAAUUCUACAGGGUGAUGAUGCAGAACAUUCAGCCACAGCUCUCUAUCUCUCUAUCUGUCUCUAUCUAUCUCUGUCUCUAUCUCUGUGUCUCCUCUCUCUCUCGCUCUCUCUCCCCCUCACACUCUCUCUCUGCCCUCUCUCCCCUCCCCCUCCUCUCUGCUCUCUCUCCUCUCACAUCCUCUCUCCCCUCCCCCUCCUCUCUGCUCUUCUCCCCUCUCCUGUGACACACUCUCCCCUCCCCCUCCUCUCUGCUCUCUCUCCUCUCUCUGCCCUCUCUCCCCUCCCCCUCCUCUCUGCUCUCUCUCCUCUCACAUCCUCUCUCCCCUCCCCCUCCUCUCUGCUCUUCUCCCCUCUCCUGUGACACACUCUCCCCUCCCCCUCCUCUCUGCUCUCUCUCCUCUCUCUGCCCUCUCUCCCCUCCCCCUCCUCUCUGCUCUCUCUCCUCUCUCUGCCCUCUCUCCCCUCCCCCUCCUCUCUGCUCUUCUCUCCUCUCAUGUGACACACACUCUCCCCUCCCCCUCCUCUCCCUGCUCGCUCUCUCUCUGCCCUUUCCUCCCUCCCUCUCUCACAUCCUCUCUCUCCCUCUCCUCUGCCUCUCUCCCCCUCACACUCUCUCUCCCUCUCUCUCCCCCUCUGUCUCUCUCCUCUCCCCCUCACACUCUCUCUCCCUCUCUCUCCCCCUCUGUCUCUCUCCUCUCCCCCUCACACUCUCUCUCCCUCUCUCUCCCCCUCUGUCUCUCUCCUCUCUCCCCCUCACACUCUUCUCGCCCUCU